GAUGUACGGGUGUGAAUCAUUGCAACUUCUUGUUAUCGGAAGACUACCCUCCUUCGAAGACCUGGGCGACGGGGUCGUCUAUUUAAAAUACGCUUGUUUUGACGACACGUUAUCCGUGCACUACUGCAACAGGGAGGUGCAGAUCGCGGAAUGGGGCGAAGAGAGUGAAGGAUACAUUCGCACGCCGGGGUACCCCCACUUCUACGUAGGCGACGCGUGCCGCUGGCGGUUGCGGGCCCACCCGGAGCAGAAGAUACGCGUCACCUUCUUAGACGUUAGUUUAAGGAGUAUAGAGCCAUUCGAUGAUACUUGUACUGAUUACGUCACGGUGCAAGACUCCAACGGCGACUCCCUGUUGUCUUCCUGCGAGCAAGUGGACAUGCCCCUGAAACUAACCUCCAGCACCAGUACGGUCGAGGUCAUGGUGGACGCGAGGUCCAAGGGAGCUUACCCUAAGAGAGGGGUGUUGUUACAUUAUAAAAGUAUAGGCUGUGUUACUCUAUCAGCGCCAUCUGACGGUUACAUUGUGUACCGCAACGAAGAGGUGGCGCACUACAUGUGUAACGUCAACUUUGUUUUCAUCGAUACGCGACAGAGGGCGCGCUUACUUUGGUGCUACGACGAUAAUCGUUGGAACGAUACGGUGCCUUUGUGUAUUGAGGAGACGAGUCCCAGCCUCGGCGGGAACGAUUCGGCACCGGACAGCAAAUACAAAGAUACAAAACUGCCGCCUCACGACGAGCCGAACAUGAUUGUGGACAUCGUGAUCCCGUCGCUGCUGAUAGCGGCGCUGUUCAUCGGAAACGCGUUCAUCGUUCUCAUCAUAUACAAAUACCGGAAACGAAAAACCGAAGACCUGGAGGACGAGUUCAACACCAUUCCACUCAGCGUCAACGGCAAUGUGCAUAGUGCGGGCAACGCGGUUUAGUUAGGAGAAAGUUACACACCGACUGGCGGCGUGGACAGCUGUCGAGCGUCUGUUUAAACGCUGGGGAAAACGCUGCGUUUUUUUACACGGAACUAAUUAAUAUGCUUCUGUUGAAGGUUUUAUCGGUUUUCGAAAUAUCUGGAGCUCGAACAACUAAAAAAUCCGUCUCCUUUUAAUA